CCUGUGGCUGUCGGUGGUCUCUGAGAUGCUGUACAUAGUCCUGUUGAUAGUGGGUUUCAGUCUGAUGUGUCUAGAACUGGUCCACUCCAGCACCAGCAACAUGAUAGAUGGACUGAAACUGAACGCCUUCGCUGCAAUCUUCACCGUGCUCUCAGGGCUCCUGGGUAUGGUGGCCCACAUGAUGUACACUCAGGUGUUCCAGGUGACAGUCACCCUGGGCCCCGCAGACUGGAGGCCCUAUAACUGGGACUACGGAUGGUCCUUCUGCAUGGCCUGGGCAUCCUUCACCUGCUGCAUGGGUGCAUCAGUCACCACCCUCAACUCCUACACCAAGACUGUCAUCGAGUUCCGACACAAACGCGAGACCUUCGUGCAGAGCAUCCGCAAGGAGCAGGCGCGGGAGGCGCUGGGGUACUACCGCGAUCACUCCCUACACUCCAUAUCCCAAACUGUGGUGUACACCCAGACGCCGUACAGCAGUGGUAUUAGGACGCAUGUACCGGCCACAUCGUUAGACCUGAGUGAGGUAUCAGAGACUCUGGGGGAAGACCAGUGCUGA